GGGGCAAGGAGAAUAGAUAUGUAACUAAUGAAAACAACUCUCAUCUUCGUCCCUUCGACGUCGUUUUUACUUUUUACAUAAGCAUAACGUCAAGUCAUCUAAUUUUUUUAUCGAGAAGUUUCAUCUAUCCCAUCGUAAUCUUUCAGAAAUGACUUCAAAUCGGAAGAGUUCUGAGACGAAGAGUCGGGAGAAUGCAGCAUUUCUCAAGAUGCGGGUUGAAGAGCUUGAGUCGGAAGUAAGUUCUCUGAAGAAAAGACUUGAUGGACUAAGAAAGGCUAAGAAUACGACUGUUCUGAAGAAAGAGAAGGAGUAUGUUUCGGUGGGAGCAUCAGAAUCAAAUAGAGCAAGUAAAAGGCCGUCCAUUUCAGAAGAUAAGAGCAGUGAACUUCAGAAAAAAUUAAAAGAUCUGAGUCUUCAACACGCAGACGAGAUGAGUGCCUUGAAGAAGAAACACAGUGCCGAUCUUAAAAAGUUGCAAUCUGAGAAAGCGAAGCCCACUACACCAGAGAAGUGCAAUCACGAGGAAGAGAUCCUCCGUCUCAAGGGUGAAAUAACCGAACUGAAAGAGAAGAAUGCCAGUUUGGAGGAUGUAAACUCAGCACUCAAAACAGAGACUCUCUCACUUCAUGCAAAAUUUGAGGAACUUUUUACUGAGCUGAGCCUCAAGGAAGCGCAGUGGUGUGAGAAGGAGGAACAAUUAAAUCUCAAGCUCAAGUUACAAUGGGGAGAAAAGUACCGGGAGUGGAUGGAAGCGACAGAGAAGAAGAUUGCAGAGCUGCAAAGAGCCAAUGAAUAUUUACGAACCUGUCUUAAGAGUCCAUCAGGGGAUUAACGGUACGCAGUCUUCCAUCUUCAGUUUACACCAAAUAGACUUUUGCUGCCCGGGUAUUCUAAACUCAAUUUAAAGUCCGUCCUCAUUGACCUUUCCUUAGGAGAAUGAUGCAAUUGGCUUUCACCGGCCGUUGUGUAAAGCAAUGGAAAUCCCUGUGAAAGAACUGCAUGUUUAGGGCUCAGCCAAUUGUGCUGUACCAUUGAUUUGAAUCACAGAGAUAUCUUUGCCGGAUUCUUCGGACGGAGGAUGAUAUGAUAAUGUCUGCCACCUCGUGAGGUUAGGAGAAGAAUAUGCAUAGCAAUUAUACAGAAUGUCUAUUUGCUUUAAAACCUCAGUUCUGCUCUGUCUGAUGGUCAGUUCCUGUGACCUGUUCUUCGUCUACUGUACGUUUGGUCUCAUCCCACAGGGUUUAAUCUUAGAUUGCCUAUGACUUUACUGAAAACAGGCUGGAACUAAUAAUAAUAGCUGGAUUUAUAUAGCAGAUUUUGCCUGAGGAUGUAAAAUGCUGCUAUUAUGAGCCUAGCUUUAGCUCCAGCUACCAUCACUGGCGCUCAGUGCAUGCAAGGAAUUAAUCCUGCCAGGUACCCAUUCACCUCACCUGGGUCGAGUGCAGCACAGUGGGGAUAAAUUUCUUGCUGAAGGGAAACACGCCAAGGCUGGGAUUUGAACCCACUUCCCUCUGAUUGGAAGACGAGAGUCGUAACCACUAGACCACGACGUGCCCACAGUCGAUGAAUACAGUAGUUUUCUUCAUAAUCAAAAUAUGAAUAGGAGCCAUCUGAUGUUGUGCUAUUUCACUGUUUACACAUCAUCAAAUAUGUUAAACCUGAAUUCAGAAUACGGGCCAAUAUUUGUCCAAUAUGUAUUAUAUGUGACCUGCCACCCUGAAACCAACAAUAAGUCGACCAAAAUGAAAUUCUGAGAUUUUUAUUGAGCUUGAAAAUUCACUUCCUAAGCUUUAAAAUGAUAUAUAAUAUGUUCAAAUUGACCAACAAUAACCAUUACAAGUACUUGUUUGAAUGCAGAGAAAAUUAAGCAAUAGUUUAAAGAAAUAAGGGAGAAAACAAGGUUUGAAGUUUGGGGUUCACUCAAGCAUGGGAUGUGCAUACUGUGUAAUUUCAGUAAAACUUUUAAGCAGUCUGAAAAAGUUGUGUCCAAGAAACUCUUGUAUCUUUUCUUUAUUCAACUUCACGACUUCAAAUUUUGGCGGUAUGAAGAAGAAGAAUUGUUCUUUCAGAUAAGCUAUUUUUAUGAUUUUUGGUUUUUGAAGGCCAAUUUACUAUUUUGGCUAUUUACAGAGAACCUUACCUGGUGGCUUAUUGAUGGUUUUGGGGUGGUAGGUCACAUAUCAUUAGGCCAGUUAAUAAUGAUCCCAUUUUGGGGUCAAUUAUAUUCUGAUGUAUUAGCUUCCUAACUCAUUUUAUGACCACGCAAAUGAAGGCGACUGCACACCUUGCGAUUGGUCUGCGAUUUAAUUUUGGAAUAAACGUAGUAGAAUCUGAUGCUAAUAUUGAGACUUGGAAUAUCUUACUGUGUAAUGUUCUAAAUCAUCGUACGAAUCCCUAUGUUCAAAUCUGUGACUAUGCUAUCAUCCUUUAUAAGCAAAUUUAAUAUCUAGUCGUAAUGACGUCAUAGCAGUCGUACAAUUGGCUACGAUUUGAAACUAAUUUGGCCAUUACUCCAAAAUAAAGGCUUACAAUCUUACAAAAUGGUUAUAUUAGUAUUCUUUCAAUUAAUUUUAACUUCAAAUAAAAUGACAUGUUCCAUUCACAUUUUCAGAAAAUGAGCAAAAUGCGAUUUGUUCCAAAAUCAGAUCGCGAACAGUCGUAAGGUGUGCGGCGGCCUUAAUACGUUAUGGCUGACUGAAUCAACCACUCUAUGCUUGGUAACAAUACUUUGUAUUCUCUUUUUUAGUGAUAAAUUCAGCUCAGUAUAAACACAAACUUAUAAUCCUAAUAGUCCCUUGGUAUUUUUAGUCUUGUUAGUCCGGGAGAGACGCCCCUUUAACGGAAAUGACCAGUCCAGGGGCUUUAUUUUCUUCUGAUUUACACUCAAAUUCUUAUUUCAUGCAUAAAUUAGCAUAAGUAAGUAUGAAAAAAUAUUGUUAUUUUUUCGAAAUGGAGCUAUGCAACCCCAUAGAUUAUUUAUUUCAUAAAUUGUUGUUUUGAACACACAAUUUGUGGUAAUAUUUAUUGAAGAUCAAUUGCCUACAUGUAUGUGUGCAUGUAUAUUUUAAAGAAUAAAAUGUUUUUUAAUAGAGGGAGCUCAUGAUAUUAUGUGGUCUUAUUAGGUUCACUUCAAAAUUCCCAAUUAUGUAAUGAAAUUUAUAUUACAUUCACUACGCAUUUGUUACUUUCAACAGAUUGACAAUUGUCUAGUGAUAUUCACUUCACUUGCCUGAAGAGAUGAAGGACUAGGCAUAUCUGUGUGUAUAUUGUGAAUGAGUGUAGGGUUUUCCGAACAAAUAAUUGCUAAUGUCUAGAUCUAGACUAAAUUGCAUCAAGUAUUAAGCAGUAGAGAACUGUUUGUUUUGAUGACACUUUCAAAUGAAUUUCCAAAUCAUUGAUUUCAUAAAUAGUUUUUUAGAGAAUGAUUUAAUACAGUAUUUCAAACAGGGCUUUCAAAAUAAACAGUAUUAUAUUUUGUAGUUUAUAUUUAUAAUGCAAAGAAAUUAUAUAUAUUUGAUGUUUGAGAUAAAAAAAAUCAGAUGUUAUUAAUAUGUGAUGUUUUUUUAAAUGACUGUGGAAUAAUUUGUCAUUGAGAUGCCUUGAUUUUUAGGCAUUCAUUGUGAAAGCUACUGUUAUGAUAGAACAGGCAUAUUCCGUCCACACCACUGCUUACAAACAUUUGAUACUUAGAAUGGAUACAUCGAUGUUUCCGAACACAGGUUGCCAUUUUGAAAUUUACAUAGGCUUAGGGAUCUCAAUUGUAAAACAGCCAUAACUUUCUUAUUGCUUGUCUGCUUUCUUUCAAAUUUGAACCAUUCUGUUUUCCUUUUUUUUAUCUUCUCUCUCACACAAUAUUUUCGGACCAAGGUUGGAUUUCCAUUAGGGCAGUUCCAUGAAAUAUGUACAUGUACAUCCGACCCCCUAUAUGUGGGACCUUCAUGAAAUUUUCUGCCUCUGAUUUCUUGUUCUUUUGACAGUCUGUAAUCUCAAAGGACCACGACUUGGUCAGUUUAUGAAGUGAAGUAAGACUUGAGGAAAAUGGGGUCGGACGUACAAAAAGGUUGAUCAUUUUAUGGAAUUGCCCAUUAACGCUUUGUAUUCAGAUCCAAAUUUUGUCUUCUAUUUAGGUUGUCUUGCUUUUGUCUUUUAAAAUGAGCCUAAAAUGUUUAUUUCUCUGGUAUUGGUUCAUGUCUUCGAUACUUCUCCGGGGGGGGGGGGGGGUCUACUCAACUAUAUUGCAUACACACGACCAAAAAAAACACAUAAAAAGGGUACUUUUGCUUAUCAUGGCACAUCACGUGCGUGACACAUUUGAGGUGUCAAAAAGGCAAAUAUCCAGCAAAAAGGGUAUGGUUAUGGGGUAAACACUUAUAGUUUUUACGGAUUAUACUUGUUUAGGGGGCAAAAUUGUCAAAUUUUUUUAGGGUGGGUUUGUAAAACCUGUGGUCGCGUGUGUGUACAGCAAUGGAGUGGCCCCCCUGGGACUUCUCCAGUCUAUUCUUGAAGCUGUGCAAACUUGGUGCAUUCAACAAAUUAUUCCUCAAGCGGAUUCAGAGAUUUCCUCAUUCUCAAAAUGAUUUUGUACUUUUCUCAGUGACUGACCUUGUGGUGUACAGUUUAAUCCAUGAUUUCUUUCUGAUGUUUGAUAAUUGUUGUACUUGUAUUCAUAUAUUUAGAGAGAACUUUCGUCAAGAUUAUGUUAUGUUGAAAUGUGUGUAUGAAAUCAUGUUUAUGAGAUCUAUCCAAUGAAUUUACUAUCAUUUUUAUGAAGUUACUAAAGAGGCCAGAAUAGAUGCAAGCUAGAAUUUUAAAAUUGAUUCUUGAACUAGAUUGUCUUUAAUCAGGCAAAAACUUAAAAUCUGACUUGAUUAUAGGUAUUGUACUGUCAUGGUCAAAAAUUUGAUCAGGGGCAUUCUUUUUAUAGCUGUAAAACAACAUAUCUAAAAUGUUUUUUCGUCUAAUGAAAACAUCUUGAAACAGCUUGUAAGUACUGUAAAGGCUUUAAAGUCUGUACAAGUACUUGCAAACCAUUUCAAAAGGCCUAUGUCUAGUUGUGAGCAAUUUGUGAAGUCUUUAAAACUAUAUAAUAGGCAAAUAGUAAUGAUGUCAUCAUCGUAGAUUCUGAGUAGUGUGCUGUGCAAACUUUUCACUCGAAUGCAACAGACGACACUCAUAUCUGUACAGAGGUCCUGAAAUCAAAACAGGAAGAUUUAUAUGUGCUAGUCUUGUGUGAAAACCCACUUGUUGAUUAAAGUUUCAGUCAGGGUAUGUGCUUGCAGACUAGACUCCGACAUAGUUUAAGCAAGCCAAAUGAAAAUUAGCUGACUACCUAGUAACCAGGAAUGACACAACAUUGGGGGUGUAGGGCAGCUGCCCCUAUAGCUUUUCAAGAGGUCAACAAAAAAGAGAGGGGGGAUCGAAACAAGAAUAAAGGGGCAUAGAUCUCAAGGAGAGAGUUUUGCAGUGUGUAUUUCAAAGAAUCAGUCAAUAAAAUUAAACAAGAUGAUGUCACCUUUCGGUCAUCCUUGUCUGCAGGCACAGACCCUGAUUGAAACUCCGAUCACCUAGUGGGUCUCCACAAAAGACUAGCACAUAUAAAACUUGCUGUGUCCGUUUGGGCCUUCAGCACACAAGUUACUUGUAGGCUGUGUAUUCAGACCCCUUAACUCGAGUGAAGUGUUUGCACCACAGACUGGAGCCAUCCUGCCUCUCUGCUAUUAAAAUAACCUUGCGUCGCCCCUUCAGACCACAAUGUCAUGAAAAAGAUGAAAAUUUCCCAUAUGCAAAUUAAUUUAGGGAAAAGACUUAUGUAAUACUGGUAAUAGAAUAUCUUGUGUUGCCAAUGACUCGAUUCCUGCAUAUGCCCCACCCCCCCCCCUUCCUUGGUAUAGUACUUUAUGUAGAUUUUUUUUUUAAAGAGAAAAAUGUCAACAUUUUGGGACUUUCACAUAUUUUCUUACUUUUACUCUGACAAUUUUUGACAAAGUGAAACUACAAAAAAUCGUCAGACUUGUUAUAUUAUGUGAUAGAGAAUCAGUAUGCAUCAUUGUGCUUCCCCUUAAGUCACAACAUAAAUGUAUGUGUACGUUAACAGUGUCACACUUUUAAAUUCAUUUUCUUGGAAUAAUUCAUCAUUGUUUAAAAUAAUAUUGCAGUAUUGAGGGCCUUAAGGUAUGCCUGAAAACAGCUGUAGUUUUUUUAAGAUUUGUGCUUAAAGUAAUCCCAUAUAAUGAGCGUCCCUGUUUUAGUUGGAUCGGCUUAGUUGAAUUGCAUUUGUAGAUUAUUAUUUUGCCAGUCCUAUUUUACUUAUUCUGAAUAGUAUUAUCAAUAUUGUGUUCAAUGUUUUUUUUUAUUGUUUUAUUUUGCUUGCAAAGUUUCAUCUUUGUUAUUAGAAUAUGUUUUUUUGAAUUGUCAUAGUGUUUUUGACAAGUUGUACAAUCAUGGAAAAAUAAUGUGAAAAUACUGCACACCUCAAACAGAUUUGUUAUCACUUAUGAAAAAUAAUUAUUUAUGUCUGAAUUAACAUUGUUAUUUAUUAUCUUGUGUGAGAUAUAGUAAUGUUCACAUUGAGCUAAUGUAUUUUCUAUGUGUUCAACAUAAGAUUACAUGAAAUUAUUAACUUUACAUGGAAUGGUUGAUUAAUUUAUUACAUGAAUUUGUAAUAAACAUUUUUAAAGAUCUAUAC